UUCCACUGGCGGCGAUCAGUGAGCGAGAGUGCGUCGUCGAGCGAAGACACGGAACCCAGAAAAUCUGAAACCCAGAGGAAAAAACAGAAAAUCGAAUCCGGCGGAGGAAGAACCAACGGGAAAGCUGUAGCCAAGUGAAAGUGUGAGGAGAUAUUUAUAGAAAGCCACGACGCAGACAUAUAUACGUAGAAUAUCCAAGCAGCGGAUAAAUAUAUAGGCCGUAUAUAGGCAGCCCGUGAGAUACACACCCGGAGAGUCGGACACCAGGAUGACGGACGUGCCGGAGCCCGUGCGCAAGUGCGCCAACCUGUUGAAGGGCACAAAGAGUGACACUGAAAAAUUCGCUGCCCUCUUUAUGGUCACCAAGUUGGUGAAGGGCAAGGACUGCAAUGCUGCGGGCAAGAAACUGCUCUUCGAGGCCAUUGGAUUCCCCUUCCUAAAGAAACUGUUGGUCUCCAAGGAUCUUCCCAAUGAUUGCCCACCAUUGGUUUACAAAAGUGUAGCCCUCUCGAUCCUCACUUGCUUCUGCCAGGAGGAGGAGUUAGCCACCCACAAGGACAUCAUCGAUGCCAUACCCACUCUCUUGGAAAUCGUCGAGCAGGCCGACGACGAGGACUACGAGGAUAAUCUGAUUGUGGUCAGCGAGGCGUACAGUUGCCUCAAGAGCAUCGCCAGCCAUGAACCAGGUCAGCAGGCCCUCCUGGCCACCGGAGCGAUCCCGAAAAUGUCCCAGAUCUACUCCGCCCAGAGUUUCCAGACCGAUGAGGCACUGCAUCUGAUUGUUCUGCUCGUGAAGCAAUUUGGCGUGCUCUCUUGGCCCGAGGAUCCCACUGCCUUCCACGCCUUGAUCCAGAGGAUUGCCUUGGAUAUGGAAACCGAUGACACGGAGAGGAAGUACGAACUCUGCCGGAUUCUGGCUGAUAUCCUUAUCACCUGCCGUCGUGAGAUCGUGAUCAAUUCUCUGGAGGGGCAAAUCUGGCCAGAGAGCUUGUUCAAGGGCUGUGGAGAUAUUCUGAAGGCAAAGAUUGGACCCAAGCAAAGGGAUCCUGCUCUGCAUCUGAUUGCCACCACUCUGCAGGUGCUGGGAAUCCAGUGGGCCUUCAUGGACGAACAGAAAACGUUCUUCCUGCAGCUCCUCCAACUAGGAGCCAUUGAGGUGCGCAUGCAAAUGGAUGAGAAAAAACUGGAGACCACCUUCAAGCAGGCGGAUCUGCUCACCUGCUGCUUCUCCAUCCUGGAGUAUUGCAUUGAGUAUAUGGCAACGGAUCAGUUGGAUCUGGAACCCAAGGAGAAACAAACCACAUACACGGCACUGAAGGGAGCUUUCAACCAGAUUCUGGCUGUUUUGACCAGAGUCAGCCAGGAUAAGAUCAAGGACAGUGCCAAUCCUAGGGAUAAGAAGUUUGUAUUUGCCAUCGUGAAGGUUCUAUCCGCUUGGUUGGCCCAGGAGACGACUGCCAUGAGACCGGCCAUCUACAAACUUCUGCCUUUCAUGCUCAAGGUGGCCAAUGAGAGCUUCCAAGAGCUGAAGGCCUGGAGAGCAGGUCCCAGGGAGGGUGAACCCCCCAUUGAUGUUCUGAGGAUCAUGCUGCCUGCUCUGUGCCACUUUGCCGUGGAGGAGGAGGCCAGGAGGGUUCUCUUUACCCACAAACAGGAUGAGGUUCUCUUGGAGUCGCUGGAAUUCUACUUCAGCAUUGCUCACUGGAAGCGGCCGCCAAUUCCACGCGCUGAACGUUUAAAGAGAAUGAAUGAGCCCGAUCCGGUUCCAACGCCCGAACAGCAGGCAGAGAUGAAGGUGGCCAGGAGUGCCAUUGUCGCCCUUUGCAACAUCCUGAUGAACUUUACCGUUCUGGAACCCAAGAAGGCUGAAGAUGGAGCAACCUUUGCCAAUCUGCUGAAGUUCGUGGUCGAGAAUCUGCCCGAGUUGAAGGACACCCCCGAUAACCUGGUAAUCCAUGGUAACCUGGCUGUCCUGGGCUUGUUGUUGCUAAAGCAGCAGUCCAAGAAGGUGAAGCAGAACGACUUCUCCAUUUGUCGCUACAUCCAGGCCACCAUCCGUUUCCUUUGGGAUGCCUACAACAUCGACGAAAGUAACGAUCCCACUGCUUUGGUGGUGUCCAUCGCCUACAAGGGCUAUUGGUCGGAUCUGUCGGAGUUGUGGUUCCUGGGAAUGCAGACCAUGUGUGGAGUUUUACCUCUGGUGCCCUGGCUCUCCGAAUUCGCCCUGGAAUCCGGCUGGGCAGAGGGUAUUGUAAAGACCCUCAAGAAGGUAAAGAUUGGCACCCUGCCACCCAAUGUGAAAUCCGCCUAUGAGGACUUCCUGUCCCAACUGGUGGAUGUCAAUGGCGAUGUCCAGGCCGUGCUCAAGAAGGCCGAUGCCCUGCGCGUCUGCCGCAAUCACAGGAUGAUGGAUCUGGGCAAGAAGCUCUUCGGCGACUAAGCUAAACUUUCUCCUUUCUUUCUAGAGGCAUUUUUUGUGUGUGAUUUGUGAACAAGCGAAAAAUGGGAAAUAUUUUGUAUGGAUUUUAUUCUAUUUUAUAUGCUCUAUUUUAAUGACUAAAUACCUAAAAUUAUUAAAAAUAAAUACAACCAGUUUUUAAAAAUA